CUUUGAUUUGGAUUUGUGUGAAAGAAUCAAAGAAAUCACUAUCCCUCCGUUAUUUUAAUCUAAAUAUGAGAUGGGUUUGUUUUGAUUUUGUAACACGUCAGUAUUAAGAUCAUGAAUUGAUAAUUCUUUGAAAGAGAUUUUGAUGUAAAAGGGUAAUCUAAUUCGACUUAAAAAUGUAUAAUAUAAUGCUGUUUGUGUCUUAGGACUCUCUCAAAAUUAAUUUUCCUUCUUGACUUGAGCGGAUGAACAUUUGACAGGGACACAGCUUUAAGCUUCCUCGGAAGCUGCCAAAGAAAGUGAGAGGAAUUCAAUGGGAACUUCAAUGGGAUAGAAGUAUGGGGAAAGUGUCUAUCUAUGACAACAAUGUGAUGGAUUUUUUACUAUAUUUUUUAUUGUUUCUUUCUGCAUCUGUUCCUGGCGCUUGAUCAUUGCUAUAUAUAGCACAGCUCCUUUCUCCAAGAAAAAUGACACCAAUCUUAUUUGCCAUUGAAAUGAUGGAAAUGGAGUUCAACCCUUGGUGGCCAAUUUACAACCCCAUAGACUCACAACUUGAGGAAGUAGCACUUUGUUUAGCAGAAAUGGAUGCCCAAGUGAGCAGUUUUGAGUUUUCCACUUCAUCAGUAUCCAUUGAAGAUUUCUCUGACGUUUCUUCUUCUUCUGCACUGUUAUCUUCAACUCUCUAUGGCAGUCAAACACAUGGUUACCCCUUUUCAGGAAAUCAUUUGCUUGGCAUCUUACCAAGGGAACAGUGUUUACCAAGUGUGGAUGAAGGUGAUGCUCCCUCAAAUGACCAGUUUUUGCUUGAUGGUGGCGAAAACUUCUCUGAAUGGAUGGCUAGUGACAGCAGUAUCUCUUCACAACAGAUUUUCACUGAAGAUGUCGGCAGCCAGAAUCUCUCACCACUAUCACGUGAAGUUUCUGUGGAUGUCCCAUCAAUCCAAGCAUCAUUGGUUUUGCCUGCCGAAUAUGUGGAAGUAGAUGACCAAUUGGUCAUUCUUCAUCUACUCAAAGCGUAUGGGGACGCCAUGGGGAGCGAACAAAUGGAGCUAGCAGAAGAAAUUAUCAGGCGACUAAAAGAUAAGGCGUCUCCAACUGGCAACAGCCUUGAACGCCUUGCGUUUUAUUUGGCCGUAGCAUUGGACAAGCAAGCUGACUACCUAGGGCAGGAAUCAAGCAAAAAUUAUGAGGCAGCCUUCAUGGCCUUCUAUCAGAUCUUCCCCUAUGGUAGGUUUGCUCAUUUCACUGCCAAUUCAGCCAUACUAGAAGCCAUCCCUGCUGAUGCUACUGCAGUACAUAUUGUGGAUUUCGAAAUUGGCAAUGGCAUACAAUGGCCCCCUUUGAUUGAGGGUCUUGGAAGGAAAGGGUUGAGAAUGUUGCGGCUGACCUCAAUAAAAUGGGGGGAAGAGGAUGGGAGUUGCAAUCCUACAACUUUUGAGGAGACAAAGAAGCAGCUAUGGAGACAUGCAAUGAAUUUCGGUCUUAGAUUGGAGGUGGAGGAGAUGGACAUAGAAGGCUUAGUGAGCGAGAUUAAAAAGGCGAGGGUAAGGGGAAGGAAAAGUGAGUGGUUAGCAUUCAAUUGCAUGGUAGGACUCCCUCACAUGGGAAAAGGGAGGAGUGUGGAGCAUGUCGAGCACUUUCUUAAGACAGCGAAGGCAUUGAUCAGCAACGAAGGUGUCAUUGCUUUUGGUAAUGGAAUUGGUGCUGAAAAAUGGAUUGAGUAUAGAAGUUUCAGUUCUUUCUUUGAAGGGCAGAUGGUCUACUGCCAUGCCUUGCUCGAGUCAAUGGAACAAUUUCAGCUUCUAGAGGCAAGAAUAGCUAUGGAAUGCUUGUUUGUGGUACCCCAUCUUUCUUCUCUUUCUAACGCUCAGCAGUGGGAAGAAACUGUCAGGGAGUGUGGUUCUCUCUCAGAACUAGGCUUCCAGCCUCAGAGGUUGAGCAGGGAGAACUAUCUGGAGGCCAGGGAGCUGGUGAGCGAAGGGGAGAGUUCAUAUUGGGUCAGAACGGAUGGAGAGGAUAACAAUCAAAUGGUCCUGGGUUACAUGGGAGCUCCCCUGGUGAGAGUAUCUAGCUGGAGAUAGAGUAAAAAUCAUUUAGAACUCAGAAGCUAGUAUCGAUCACUUGCAUCCAGUAGACAGUCUCAGCAGAUACCUCAAAUUUGUGUAGUGCUGAAUUCCUUUUAGAGAGUGCAAAGGGAGAUUGCCAGUGUAAAGCAACAAAGACUUAGCACAUAAACAUUCAAAUUACUAUUAAUUCUAUAAAAGAAUAUAAAAUUUAUAAGCAGUUGUU